GCACACACACACACAUCCCACCCCAGAGCUGCGUAAACGGGGUAGCAGCCUUGAGCUCCAGCUAGGUCGGGCAGGGUACUCAACACUUACGAGCUUCCAAACCCUCAGCCUCCCUCCCCUCUCUAUACCUACUCACUUACCGACGAACCCCGUUGCCUGCUUUAGGUACUUGACCAACGCUCUCGACUUCGUCGCGCCUCUCGGACCGCCUCUCGACGACUUGACCGCCAGGCGACGCAGAAUCGCCCCAUCUCCUCCUCCGCAGAACCCGUGUUCUCCAGACGUCGCCCAAGAUGUUUAUGGCAAGAUCUGAAUACGACCGGGGCAUCAACACCUUCUCCCCCGAGGGCCGCCUCUUCCAGGUCGAGUACUCGCUCGAGGCCAUCAAGCUGGGGUCGACGGCGAUCGGCGUGGCGACGUCGGAGGGCGUGGUCCUGGGCGUCGAGAAGCGCGUGACGUCGACGCUGCUCGAGACCUCGUCCGUCGAGAAGAUUGUCGAGAUCGACCGCCACAUCGGCUGCGCCAUGAGCGGCCUCCAGGCCGACGCCCGCAGCAUGGUCGAGCACGCCCGCGUCGAGUGCCAGAGCCACGCGUUCAACUACAACGAGGACCUCCGCGUCGAGUCCUGCACCCAGGCCAUCUGCGACCUCGCCCUCCGCUUCGGCGAGAGCGCCGACGGCGAGGAGUCCGUCAUGUCCCGCCCCUUCGGCGUCGCCCUCCUCAUCGCCGGCUACGACGAGGACGGCCCCCAGCUCUACCAUGCCGAGCCCAGCGGCACCUUCUACCGCUACGACGCCAAGGCCAUCGGGUCCGGCAGCGAGGGCGCCCAGGCCGAGCUGCAAAACGAGUACCAUAAGUCCCUCACGAUCGCGGACGCGGAGACGCUAGUCCUGAAGACGCUGAAGCAGGUGAUGGAAGAGAAGCUCGACGCGAAGAACGUGCAGCUGGCGAGCGUGACGAAGGAGCGGGGCUUCAGGAUAUACACGGACGAUGAGAUGGCCCAAGUCGUCGAGAGGCUACCCGCAAAUUAAGGGAGCGGGGCGGGUCGGCCCCGCCCUCCCCGUCCUACUACGGCAUAAAGGAGAAAAACCCGAGGUUGCCGGGAGUCGAAGCGGCGCGGCAGUAGAGAAAUUAAGACGAGGAAUUAAGAGCAAAAAAUGUAAGAAAGGGGU